AUGGUGAUCGAAGAAGAGCCUAAUCGCACAACUGGACGAACAGAGUCAAAAAAAACGUCUGUACUCGAAGGUCUCUGCGUAAGAUUGAGAGAAGACCAUGGCCUAUCAGCCAAGCAGUUCUUUCAGAACUUCAUGGCUUCAAAGGAAGGGUCGAUCAUCAUACGAAGAAAACAAUGGAUCUCACCAACUGGGUGGAAAUCGACACGAGGACUACUUGACUCGAUCAAACAAUUAGUAGAUGACGAAAAUACCGCGGAAGCUAGACAUGACUGGCAAGAGUGGGUUCUACAACAGGCUAUCGAGAUUGUUAAUACACAAAAAACUCCUCGUCGGAACACUGCUACAAAAAAAAGUGCAUAUGUGAAUGCAACAAAACUCGAAGACACUUUCUUUAACGGAAGCGAAGAGAACAGACGCAAUGCAAUGCUAAAGGACAGCAUGAAUUUCAUGUGGAGGUUGAUAGAAGCAAAAUUAGAAUAUAGUCAUCAUGAUCAGCUUUCUAAAGACUUCGAUACAGAUGAAGCAGACCCUGAAGAUUCCUCUUCUGAUUUCGAAGGAGAAUUCGAGAAUGAAUUGGACGAUCCUGACAAAGAUCCGACUGAGCACGUUGAAGGGAGGAUCAAGUUUAGGAAAACAGGCAGUAAAAAAGAUUCGAGUAGUGAUGUCAAAGAAAUUGGUCUUAUCGCCUGUGAUUGUUCUAGAUAA